AUAUGGAGGAGACGCACGGUUCGUUGGUCACGCCGGUAAUGUUAAGAUAUAAAACUAGCAUCCUCUACUGAUUGUGACUGGUCAAUCACAUCACGUAAUCAGGAAAAACGUUUUAAUUUAGAAUCAACUUUAAUAGUUAUGGAAAUAGGAAUGAAGAGUUAGUGGACGCAUUGAGUGACGGAAUAAAAUCUACAUACUGUACAAAAUCAACUUUAAUAGUUAUGGAAAUAGGAAGGAAGAGUUUGUGGACGCAUUGAGUGACGGAAUAAAAUCUACAUACUGUACAAGUGUGGACUAAUCUUCGAGGCUUCUAGAUAGCAGAGCCAGAGAGUUUACCUUUCAAAGGUCAAAGGCCCAAGUGUACCUGACUCGUUUACUGACCCGGCAUUUAACUACUUCAAAGGUAAAUUGUUGAUACGCCUGCAGUACCUCUUUAACUCAGUUCGUCAUUUAUGUAACGAAGGAGUUUAGAAAGGUAGUAGCAUUAGAAACAAAAGGUCAGUAUGACGUCAAAUAUCACACACAGUAGUAGUAAAUCUGAGCUUUUUAUGGAAGAGAGGAAAAUACAGAAUCGAGGUAUGGAGCGAGUACUUAUGGUUACUGCAGUCUGUCUUACAUUUGUCGUUAUAGGACUUAUUAUUUCUACAGCUGUUAUAGGUACAGACAGAAAUAACUUGAGGCGUGAGGUCAAUGAACUCAAGAAUGAACGGAGGCGUGAGGUCAAUGAACUCAAGAAUGAAACGGACACAUGUCUAACAGAUCAUUGCGUGAAGAUGGCCGGAAAUCUAAUAUCAAAUAUGAACCCUGAAAUUGAUCCGUGUGACAAUUUCUUUGAAUUUUCAUGCGGCGGUUGGGAGCGGCGUUACGCCAUUCCGGAGGACCAAUCAAGUUAUUCUGCUUUCAGUGUUCUCAGAGAGGAGGUGCAGCUAGUGUUGCGAGAUAUUUUGUCCCAAGAUGUUAACCCAGAGGAACCAGAUUCUUUCAGGAAAGCUAGAGAUUUUUACAAAUCAUGUAUGGAUGAAGACAUCAUCGAGGAAAAGGACGCAUCUCCGCUAAUUGACCUUAUGGAGUACCUUGGAGGAUGGCCAGUUCUUGGCCCAAGUCCAGGCGGCAUGUGGUCCAGUACCGGAUAUAAAUUUGAGAAACUCUGGGCAAAGCUCUCGGGCGAAUUCAAUAAUAAUCACAUCAUCAGUACAUACGUGGAUAACGAUGAUAAAAAUUCCUCAAGGUACAUAUUAAAGAUUGAUCAACCAGAAUUAGGUAUGCCGAGCAGGGAGUAUUAUUUGUACAGUGAAUAUGCCGACAUAAAAGAAGCGUAUUUAACAUAUAUGACAACAGUAGCAACGAUGUUAAAUGGUGAUUCACUGAUGGUAAAACAAGAUAUGGCUGAUCUGUUGGAUUUUGAAACAAAGUUAGCCAAUUUAACGACUCCUGAAGAGGAACUUAGAGACAAUGAAGCUUUGUACAACCUGAUGACGUUAGAAGAGUUGUCCGCAUAUGUACCAUUGAUAGACUGGCGAUACUUCUUUGAUACUAUUACACCUGAAAAGGUCAAACCAAUUCUGGAUUCUGAGCCAAUCAUCAACCGUAAUCCCAGAUUUAUUCGUGAAGUUUCGCAAUUAGCCGUGGUUGACACGCCACCAAGGGUCAUUGUCAACUAUUUUCUAUGGAGACUAACCAUGAAUCGUAUACAAAAUAUGGGUGAGCGAUUUCGUCACGUCAGACAGCAGUAUUACAAGGUACUUUAUGGUGCAAGUUCGGAGUCAUCUCGGUUCAGAUCAUGUACUGACUAUGUCAACAGUAUUUUGAAUUUCGCUGUUGGUCGAAUGUACAUCGAUAAAACGUUCACAGGUGAUAGCAAGGAAAAUACAGUGGAGAUGAUCGACUAUUUGCGAGAAGCUUUUAUUGAAAUGCUGAAAUAUAACGACUGGAUGGACGAAGAUGCAAAAAUUGUUGCAGCAGAGAAGUGCAAUGCAAUGUAUGACCAAGUGGGAUACCCUGAUUGGAUCAAGGACGAUAACACUUUGGACAAAGAAUAUGCUAGUAUUGAUUUAGGCGACUCCGACUACUUUGGAAACGUGCUUGCAUACUUGAACUGGACGGCUCAAAUGAAUUUUGGGUACUUGCGUGAAAAAGUCGACAAAACAGAGUGGAGUAUAGGCCCCGCCUUGGUGAACGCGUUCUACAGUUCGAGUAAAAACACAAUUGUUUUUCCAGCCGGGAUUCUCCAACCACCAUUUUACAACAACAAGUCACCAUGGUAUCUGAAUUAUGGUGGAAUUGGUGCCGUAAUUGGUCAUGAAAUUACUCAUGGUUUUGAUGACAGAGGUCGUCAGUACGAUAAAGACGGGAACCUGGUGCAGUGGUGGAGCGACGAAUCAAUCGAAAAAUUCACUGAACGGGCUCAGUGUAUAAUUGAUCAGUAUGAUAGUUACGUCAUGCCAGAAAAUGAUAUGAAUUUAAAUGGUAUACAGACCCAAGGUGAGAAUAUUGCCGACAACGGUGGACUAGCGGAAGCAUAUAGAGCUUACAGGUCAUUUAUUGAAAGUCGUGGAAGAGAAGAACCGCUACUCCCUGGUCUCAACUACACACAAGAUCAACUCUUCUUCAUUAACUAUGCACAAGUAUGGUGCAGUGCUUUCCGUCCAGAGGGCGCCACUAGUCAGAUUCUAUCAGGAGUACACAGUCCAGGACGAUACAGAGCGAUUGGAGCAACCCACAACAGUGACGAUUUCGCCAGAGUAUUUAGUUGUCCAAAGGCGAAUCCACCACAAACGAAGUGUAAAGUGUGGUAAACAAACAAAAUGACGAAUUUCGAAUUACAAUUGCUCAAUCAAUCAUCUCUGACAAGAAAUAAUUCACCUCGAAGCUCUUUUGAACCUCAAUUUGAAUAAUCUCUAUCAGAUAUUGAUAACAAUUCUGUGUGAAAAUUCCAAAAACAUUUUGUAAUUUGUACAUAGAAAAGUGUAAUUUUACAAAACAGUGAUACAUAGAUUAGAUAGGUAGGCCUACCGUGAUUUCAUAAAAUGAGUGUUUGGCGCGUCAUAUUCUUAGUAACUCUUGUCAUCUCAAUUGACAAUAUAUAUAUAGUAUAUAAACAUAAUAGUGUAGAUAAGAAAGUCAUUCAUCGUUUUGAAGAUAGCCUUUUAGUAUCAGACUAAUGACUUUUGUAUGAGCGGCCACCUGGGUCGCUUUUAGUGUAAAAUCUGUGUAAUACUGCAGUUUCUACCCAUCUACAUUUACCUUGUAAUGAAGUUACAGGUUUGUGUAGUUAAAAAAAAUAAUUUGAUGUUUGAAAACAAAGAGUAAUGUCCACCUUAAACAGAUGUUUUAAAAUAUAUUUUAAUAGAUAUGACAUAACAAAUUUUGGCUGUCCACUUCAUAUCAUUCAAUAUUUAAAAAUAUACAGCAAUAAAUUAUGUAAAUUUUUAAACGGUAAACUUUCACUAUUUCGAUGUUGAGACAAAUGUUAAUAAUACAAACUAAAGUUUGAAAAUAAAUUGUAAAAUAUUCCGUAACUUGAACUACAUAGGCCUAUUGUAAAUAGUUUGUGUUAGCAACAAUGCAUAGGGGCCUAUACUUUAAUAACCAGCAUUUGAUAUUUUGCAUUAAAAUAAGUUACAAAAUUUUAAUUUGAAAAUCAUUUAUUAUGAAUUAAUGUAAAAAUCUCAUAUAAAUUGAUUCAGGUUUAAAAUAUUUUAAUAACUUUCUAGUUACAGUACUGUAUUUACAAUGGUACUUUAAUCAGUUUUAAGUAAUAUUUCGUAAAUAUGAGUAAACGUUACCGUAAUAAAUGACCUGACUAUUCUGUACUAACCACAAUGAAUAAUUUAUUUUAUGUUUGGAAAUAGAAGAUUGUAAUUAAAAUUAUUGUAAUUGUCCACACUUAAUAUUUUGUAUCAGCAUGUUAAAGUAUUUAACCAUCAAAAGAAAGAAAUCACAAAGACUACUAAAGUUUGAGAAUUUUAAUUUUGAAAACCAUUUAUUAUGUAUGUACACAUCUACAGCUUAAAUAUAACAGAGUCGAGUAUGGUUUCCGAACCAAAAUAUGAUAUAUAUUUUGAAAUAAGAUCUAGCUACAGUAUUUACUAUGUACAUUAACCAAUUUCAAGCACCUAAUCAUCAAUUACUUUCCUUCAUUAUAUUUCUUUUAAAAAUAGCAGCAUAGUUUGAGGUAUACUGUAUCAAAUGCUUGAGUCAUUAUAUAGAUUCUGGUGUGAUGAUGAGAACUCAAUAAAUGAAGGGAAUCUCUAUGUAAGUUAAA